AUGGCGACCCAAGCUACAGGGCGUGUAGACAUCCGCAAGGCUCUUGAGGGAGUAAGCUCGCAUUUCCUAAGUCUCGUCGAAAUCGGCAUUCUCCGGACUUUUGUCGACUUCAAGGUCUUCGAUCUAAUUCCGGAGGAGGGUGACAUAUCUCUCUCAGAGCUGGCCAACAAGGUCCACGGAGAUGAGCGCCUGCUCGAGCGCUUUUCUUCCUACCUAGUGGCCGCAGAGAUGCUUACGUCUCCGGCCCCGGGCCGCGUUGCGCACACUGAAAGCUCCCGGCACUUUCAGACAGGCGGUCCCGCGGCUGGGUUCCUAGUGCAUGUCUUCAACUUCUUCCUACGCCCGAUGGCAUAUUGGCCGUCAUUUUUUGAUAAGAACGGCCUAGCCGAACCGAAGGAUCUCCGUAUGAUCCCGCUAGGUCUCGCCACAGGCCACCCUGACUCGAGCUUGUACGAGGUUCUUGACGCCGAGCCCACGCUUGCCAGACUCUUUAAUCUCGCACAGGCCCGCUCGGCUGAUAUCUACUGCCUGAAAGGCGUCUAUGACUUCUCUUGGAUACAGAGCAUCGGGCCGCAGCCUGGAGAGCGUCUCGCCAUUGUGGACGUUGGGGGAGGCAGCGGCCUGGCCCUACGUGACAUUCUAAUCGGCAAUGCAUACAUCCCACCUCAACAAUGCGCUGUUUUCGACCUACCCAAAACAAUCGAAGGGGCGAAACGCGAUCUGGACGAUGGCUUACGCGAAGUCCAGAUGGUAGGCGGAACCAUGCUGGAGCCGUUCCCGGAGGUCGUCCGGGGAGCGGUUGUAUACCAGUUCCGACGUGUGCUGAGCGACUUUCCGGACGACAGCAUCGUGCAGGCACUCCGGCAGGUGAGGGACGCUUGCUUGCCGGACUCACGAAUCCUUGUCAUAGAGGAGUUUAUCCAACCAAGCAGAUCCAAGUUUACCAUUGCGCAGGACGUCUCGGUCAUGAACUUCGGCGGCAAGCGGCGGAGCGAGCAGAUGUUCCGCGAGCUGGCAGGCCUCGCCAACUUACGCUGCAAUGGGCUGCAUGAGGCUCCGGGUGGCGUAUUUGGCGUAUUGGAAAUGGUCCCGGUGUAA